GAUUAGCAACUGUCAUGACUCUGGAAAGUUACGAAUCAGGACGUAUCAUAAUAAAGGAAACACACCCAGCUAUGUCAGUUUAUUUUAUUUGGUGUGGCUCAGUGUAUGUUAAUCAAAAGGAAACUGACGUCAGAACGGAUAGAGUUUUUGAUUUGACUGUUAAUCUCCUUAAGCCUGGAGAUUGGUUUGGGGAAAGAGGAGUACUAUAUAGAACAAAGCACAAUGUUACUGUCAUCAGUCGAGGAUAUGUGGAAUUACUUGUAGUACGUGGGAAGGAUUUUCAUGAGAUAUUAGCAAACUCAGUAUUAGACAAAACACAAGCUGCUAUCCAAUACUUAAGUGAGCUACCAUUAGUCAGUGCUUGGCCUGUUCAUUUACUCUCCUCAUCUCCGGAUUUCAUUUAUGCAAAAUAUUUCAAGUAUAACAGUAUUGUUGUUCAAUGUUCUCCUAAUAAUAGACCAGACUGGAUAGUAGCUGUUAAAAGAGGUAGUUGUAGAAUUAUUAUUGAGUUUCUGGAGCAUGCAAAAGAGAAGGAUUCAUUCACAUUACCAAUAGUACCUCCAUCUGUGUGUCUGGUAUCAGCUAAUUACAAGUUGAGGGAUAAUAGGAGGAUUGUUAGGAGACGCUACAUGCAACUGAAUACUGUAGAACCAGGAGAGUGCUUUGGAAUACAGCUAAUUUAUAACAAGCCAGCCUGCAGGAUGAGUUUAAUGAGUCGUGGUUCAGAGUGUGUACUAGUUAAAAGACACUUCUUUAUUAAAAAUACAAACCCUGACCUAUUGAGACUUUUUAGAACAGAAUCUGGAUAUUUUCCAGAGAAGAGCCAAUUAGUUGGUGCCAUCAAUGAGCAGAAUAAAUGGAAACUAUUUAAAAAGCAAAUUAUUCAUGAGCUUCAUUAAUAAAGUUAUAAAAAUUAA